AUGCUCCAAGCUUACUCGCUCAAGGGGUGGAUUCACAAAGCUAGGCUUCUUUUCAAUCGAAUGCCUGAGAAGAACAUUGUGACUUGGACCGUGAUGGUAUCUGCUUAUGCCCAGGCUGGGCAUCUUGAUAACGCAAAAUAUUUGCUAAAUCAAAUGCCUGAGUGGAGUACGAUUGUCCUUACAAUUAUGAUUGUCGCUUGUUUUAAAGAUGGCUAUGUUGAUUUGGCUAAAGAAAUGUUCGACGAAGUUCCUGUUGCUGAUAUACCCUCUUCAAAUGCAAUGCUUACAGGAUAUGCCCAGACUAGGCAUUUGGAGAGAGCAGAAUUGCUGUUUGAUUCGAUGCCGGAGCGUAAUGUGGUCUCCUGGACUGCAUUGCUAAAAGGAUUUGCAGAUGCUGGAGAUCUUGAGCGCGUGGAGAAACUGUUUGUGGAUAUCCCCGAGAGAAACAUCGUAACUUGGAAUGUGAUUGUAAACGCAUUUGCCGCAUUCGGGCAUUUAGAACGAGCCAAUGUGUUACUAAGGAGAAUGCCCGAGCACAAUGUUGUCACUUGGAACGAAAUGAUCACGGCCUUUGCAAACUCUGGAAACAUAGCUUCAGCCAAGAAAAUGUUUGAAAAGAUGCCCGAAAGAACUCUAGCGUCGUGGAAUCUCUUAGUUUCGGCAUACGUCCUGGAAGGGUAUUUGCACGAAGCAAAACUUAUAUUCGAUCGAAUGCCACAACACAACGUUGUUGCGAUCACCGCAAUGAUCCAAGCGCUUUCGUCGCACGGUCGCAUUGAGGAGGCCAAGAUCCUGUUUGACCAGUCGGUAGAGAAGAACAUAGUCACCUACAAUGCCAUGAUCGAGGGAUUUGCCCAGAAUGGUCACCUCUCCAAAGCCAAGACCCUUUUCAAUUCCAUGCCGAGAAGAGAUUCCACCACCUGGAACAUCCUCAUCUCCGCGCACGCUCAGACUGGAUCACUGGAGGAUGCAAAGUUCCUGUACGAUUCGAUGCCGGAGCCCAAUCUAGUCUCCACCAACACGAUGAUCUCUGCCUAUGCCCAGAUCGGGCAAACCCACGAAGCGAGACGCCUGUUUGAUUCGAUGCCAGCGCUGAGCUCCGUGUCGUGGAACUCGAUGAUCACUGCUUUCAUGCUGAAUGGAGAGCCCCACCAAGGGAGAUUGAUCUUCGAGGAGAUGCCAGAGCCCAACAUCGUGUCCUGGAACGCGCUUCUCCACGGAUUCGCCCUCAAUGGCCACCACAAGGCUGCGAAAGGAGUGUUUGAUGCCAUGCCCUUUCGCGAUGCCGUCGCGAUCACCACAAUGAUCGUCUCCCUGUGCCAGAGCAGCGAUCUUAGAACCGCAACAGCGCUAUUCGAGAGAAUGCCCUACCGCGAUCUCAUCCCCUGGACGGCAAUGGUGGCGGCAUUCGCCUACUCUGGCCUGGCCGAUCGCGCAGCGCAGUUAUUUCGAGCCCUGGAGAUGGAUGGGAUCGAGCCUAACCAGAUCUCCUUCACCAGCAUUCUUAUCGCUUGCAGCCACGCCGGGAAGCUCGAUCUAGCGCGCCAGCUCCUGCGCCUGAUGAUUCAAGACCACGAAAUCCUUCCACUGCGCGAGCAUUUCUCCCUGAUCGUCGACGGGCUAGGCCGGAUCGGGCAGCUCCGCCUGGCCGAGGAGAUGAUCCACGCGAUGCCAUUCGUGCCGGAUCCUGUCGCCUAUGGCGCGCUGCUCGGCGCAUCCAAGAUCCAUCGCGAGGACCAAGCACAAGCGCGAGGCGUCGCGCAAACCCUAGCAAAGCUCGAUCCAGCGAGCGUGACGCCGUAUGUAACGCUCUCCUCCAUUGGAUAG